UAGUUUAUCAGCACAUGUCCUCCAGAUCAUAUUAUCUGCUUACAAAUAUAGCCUGUUAGCGCACAGGCCCGGGAGGCUCCGGGCAGCGUGGCCCUUCCACUCCGGGUGUUGCUCGCGGGUGUAAACAGCCUUGAAGCCGGAUCGGCCCCGUGGCCAGACCGUGGACUGUCUGCACCACCCGCACCAGGGAGGUAAUUUCAUGCUGCCACAAUGGGACAUAAAGUGGUGGUGUUUGACAUUUCUGUUGUCAGAGCCUUGUGGGAAACUCGUGUCAAGAAGCACAAAGCUUGGCAGAAGAAGGAGGCGGAAAGGCUCGAGAAAAGCGCCUUGGAAAAGAUAAAGGAGGAGUGGAACUUCGUUGCUGAGUGCAGGAGGAAGGGCAUCCCCCAGGCUCAGUACUGUAAGAAUGGCUUCAUUGACACCAGCGUGAGGCUUCUGGAGAAGAUCGAGAGGAACUCGCUCUCCAGGCCGAGCUCACUUGCCAAGGACAAGGGCAAGCAGAGCAACCCAUUUGUGUUGGAACUUUCGGGGGAGCACUGGAAGGAGCUGCCUGACUCGUUGAAGGAGCAGACACACCUGAAAGAAUGGCACAUUUGCAAUACCCUGAUUCAAAUCAUUCCUACAUACAUUGAGCUGUUUCAAGCAAUGAGGAUUCUGGAUCUGCCAAAAAACCAAAUCUCAUGUCUUCCAGCUGAAAUUGGUCGUUUGAAGAACCUGAAAGAACUCAAUGUGAGUUUCAACCAUCUGAAGAGCAUUCCUCCAGAACUAGGGGACUGUGAAAAUCUAGAAAGACUGGACUGUUCUGGAAAUCUGGAAUUAAUGGAGCUCCCAUUUGAACUAAGUAAUUUGAAGCAAGUUACAUUCGUAGAUAUCUCAGCAAACAAGUUUUCCAGUGUCCCGAUCUGUGUCCUGAGGAUGUCUAAUUUGCAGUGGCUGGAUAUCAGCAACAAUAACCUGAAUGACCUGCCACAAGAUAUAGACAGGCUGGAAGAACUGCAGAGCUUUCUCUUGUAUAAGAACAAGUUGACCUACCUUCCGUACUGCUUGCUGAACCUCAAGAAGCUCACUUUGCUGGUUGUCAGUGGGGACCAUUUGGUGGAGCUCCCAACUGCCCUUUGUGACUCCUCCACGCCAGUGAAAUUCAUAAGUCUGAUGGAUAAUCCUAUUGAUAAGGCCCAGGGUCAAGAUGAUGAUGAGAUAAUGGAAAGUGAACAGGAACGGCAACAUUUUGAUAAAGAAUUUAUGAAAGCCUAUAUUGAGGAUCUUAAAGAAAGAGAAUCUGUGCCCAGCUAUACUACCAAGGUAUCUUUUAGCCUUCAACUUUAACAUCAUUCAUCAGAAGACUGCAAAAUCUCACCAUCCUGUGGAGCUUUACAACUUUGUGUAAAGGUUAUGUCAUAUAGGAAUCAUGGCUUGAGUUUUAGGACAAAGUCUAUUAACCACUGUCAUAGUCAUUAAGAAAAAUAAUUUUCAAAUUUCAAAUGUAUGAAUAAUCUUCCUCUAUGGGCUCAAGAAUUGAUAAAUUAGUUUAUAUAUUGGUAUUUAUAGGUUCAUUUGCAUACAAUUGUUUCCAAAUAAUGCACAUUUAAUAUUAUAGAAGGUUUUUUAAAAAAUUAUAAUUUAAUGACCAAAUUCUGACACUGAAUGCACUGUUUUCAGAAAUCAAGGGCUAAAGGGUCGUGAAAAGAACCUUCAUAUUGGACAAGUCAGAUCAGAGUUUUGUUAUUUGAAAAUGUUUAAUACAUUCUUUCUUUUACUGAGAGUAACUAACGUUCCUUGGGUUGAAAUGAACUGUUACUUCCGUGAUGUUUUAAAUUAUAUUUUGGCAAGAA